AUGUUGAAAACUUCCAGAGUCAAGCAUGAGCUACAGCUAUUGCAGCAGUUACUACCACAGGACAUAAUUUGCAAGCCAAUCAAUGAUAGUUUGUGCGAAUUCAAGGCCUCCAUUGUUGGUCCACCAGCAUCUCCGUACGCUGAUGGAGUCUUCGAUAUCGAAGUGCGAUUAUCGGACAGGUAUCCGUUUCAGCCACCAUUAGUAAAAUUUGCAACACCGAUUUACCAUCCCAAUAUCGAUCAGAGUGGGAGAAUAUGCCUCGAUCAGCUUAAAAUGCCACCCGCGGGGUGCUGGUCUCCAUCGCUCAACAUUGCUUCCGUACUUAUUGCGGUUAAGCAGUUAAUAAAUGAAGCGAAUCCUGAUGAUGGUCUUAUGGCUGACAUAUCUGCACAGUACAAAUCUGACCGUACAGAAUUUAACGCUGUCGCUCGACAGUGGACAAUAAAACAUGCUAUAGCAAAGGUAAGAUGA